AUGGUUCACCUUCGAGUUACUUUUGUUUGCGUACUGUCUUUAUUGCUGAAACAUGGUUUCAGUGCACCAAUACAAGGCAAUUUACAAUCCUUUAAUUCUGGAGUUCCAUUGAACUUUCCAAAUGGAAUUGGCAACCUUGGAGGCGGUUUUAUAGGAUCAAAUAACUUGGGAUCAUCAGCUAUUUCUGAAGCAGUUGCAUCGAGUUCUGCUGCAAGCAAUUUAGGUUUCAACAAUGAAGCACUUAUUGGAAACGGUUAUCUCAAUAAUUUGGGCCAUUUAAAUAUUGGGUCUAUAGGUUCAGGUUUUGGAAAUUUAGGAUUAAAUAAUGAAGCAAUCAUUGGAUCAAAUUUUGGAAGUUUGGCCAAUAGUGCACAGAGCGCAGUAUUGACUGGCACCGUAGCCCAAACUGUAGCUUCUGGUCCUUUGGCUAAUAUUGCAGGGAAUACCCAAUUGGCCCCAAUGGUGACAGAAAUAGUACCAAGUCUGCAAUUCGGGGAACUGUCUCUGGAUGGCGCUUUACCAGUCGGUGGCACUAUUAAAGUCAGCGGCACUUUCCCUGUUUACGGAAUGAUUGGAGUUGAUGGUAGCAUACCUUCGCACGGUACAGCCUUCAUUGACACCGGUAACGGGCUGAUACCGCAAGAUUUGUGUCAGUGCAACCUUGCGUAA